AUGGCAAACGACCUCGCAGGCUUUGAGUUCAAAUCUAGUGACAUCAAUGAAGCGACCGUCAAGCAACUGCAUCGGUGCGAGUUCAUGGAGAACGCUGAGAACGUCGUGCUCAUCGGCGGGCCUGGAACGGGCAAAAGCCAUGUCGCGACCGCCAUCGGUGUUCAGGCCAUUGAACAUCACAGGUGCAAGGUCCGCUUCUACUCAACCGUCGAACUGGUCAACGCGCUAGAACAGGAAAAGGCGCUCGGCAAGACCGGAAAGAUGGCAGAGAUGAUGACCAAAAUUGACCUCGUGAUUUUGGAUGAACUUGGCUACUUGCCGUUCAGUCCAUCCGGCGGCGCACUACUGUUCUAUCUACUGAGCAAACUCUACGAGCGGACCAGCGUCAUCAUAACCACCAACCUCAGCUUCUCAGAAUGGGCCCAGGUCUUUGGAGAUGCAAAGAUGACAACCGCGCUUCUGGAUCGCCUCACACACCGCUGCCACAUCCUGGAAACUGGAAACGACAGCUACCGCUUCAAAGCCAGCUCAGAAACAAACCUUACCUCGGUGCGCAAACUGGAGCGCAUCGAGGCGGAAUCCGGCGGCGUCGGCUUCGAGUACUAUGGCAAUUCGCACCACGACAUUUGUUUGUUCGAAGCAGCGUCGGAAGCGAUCGUUGUCGCCCCGGACCGGGCCGCCAAUCAGUGGCAGAAACAGUCUGGCGCGAACCGCAUCGAUGCGUCGGAAAGUGAAUUGAAAGCUGCACUGCAGGCAAUGAGGCCCCAUCAGUGGCUCAAGAACGCGUUGAUCUUCGUUCCGGCGGUGCUGGCGCAUGAUAUUUUCGUAGGCUCUGUGUUUCUCAGUGCGGCUCUUGCGUUUGUCGCCUUUUCACUGUCGGCCUCUGCCAUCUAUAUCCUCAACGACCUGAUGGAUCUUGAAGCAGAUCGGAAACACAAGACCAAGUGGAAACGGCCAUUCGCCAGUGGGCGCUUGAGCGUGCCGAACGGCCUCAUGCUGGCAUUCGCAUCAAUCGUGGCGGCAUUCGUCAUUUCCGCCUUUCUGCCGAUCGAAUUUGCAGGAAUUCUUCUUCUAUACCUGUUCAUCACGACGGCCUAUUCUCUUUCCGUCAAACGUAUGCUGCUGCUGGAUGUGUUUGUUUUGGCCGGGCUAUACACGAUCCGCGUCCUUGCGGGGGGAGUGGCCGCAAGUAUCGAAUAUUCCUUCUGGCUGCUUGCCUUUUCCGUGUUUUUCUUCCUGUCGCUUGCGCUUGUAAAACGCUUCACCGAAUUGCAGCAGGUUGGCGAGAUCGCCUCCAGGGAAGUGACAGGGCGCGGUUAUCGUCAUGUGGAUCUGGAAACGAUCUCGCAAGCCGGGAUGACCUCCGGGUUCGCUGCGGUCCUCGUGCUCGCGCUUUACAUUCAGAGCCCCGCCAUCGAGCAGGCCUAUGCCUUGCCGCAGAUGAUCUGGCUUUUAUGUCCGCUCAUUCUCUACAUCAUCAUGCGAAUAUGGAUACUCGCGCGUCGGGACGAAAUGCAUGAGGCCGCCGUGACAAAUCAUAUCCAGAGCUGGGGUGGACUGAAGGUCGAAGCGCCGGAUCUCCUCGAGCCCGAGGACUUUCUGAAAUCGGAUAGACCGGCAGGGAGCAUUCUGCCAUUCGGUAACGGCCGCAGUUACGGAGACAGCUGUCUGAACGCAUCGGGAGCUGCGAUUGCGAACCGAAGUUCGAACAGCAUCCUGUCAUUUGACCGGGUCACGGGAAUUGUCGAGGCAGAAGCCGGCGUUCUGCUUUCCGACCUGAUCGAUGCAGUCGCGCCCCAUGGCUGGUUUCCGCCGGUUCUUCCCGGGACGCAAUUCGUGACCCUUGGCGGUGCGAUCGCGAAUGAUAUUCACGGCAAGAAUCAUCACCGGAAAGGCACCUUCGGUUGCCAUGUCACCGAGAUCCACCUGGAUCGUUCCGAAGCGGGAAGCCUUGUGCUGCACCAGGGUGAUGAAACAGGGCUCUUUGAGGCGACGAUUGGCGGACUAGGCCUGACGGGGCUGAUCCGCAAGGCCUCGUUGCAACUCAUGAAGGCAGGCUCGUCCUGGAUCAGGCAGGAGACAACACGGUUCGACAACCUGGAAGCCUAUUUCGAGCUCGCGCCGGGGAUUGACGAAACACACGAAUAUGCGGUCGCCUGGAUCGACUCUCUCAGCAAGGGAGGGCGUUUCGGGCGCGGUCACCUGAUCGCAGGUUUCACGCUAACACUGGACUUUCCGGACAAGGGAGCUUCGACGUACCGGCUCCUGGAAAAACUCGACGAAGUGACACUUGCCGCCGGCGGUGCGGUCAAUCCGUACAAGGACCGGCGAAUGUCGGCUGCAACCUUCAAGGCCUCGUUUCCGGAGUGGCAGCGUCUUGAAUUGCUGCGAGACCCCAUGCUGCUUUCAGAUUUCUGGCGGCUUCUGACCAACGCCGCUGCGCAGAUCCUGUUGAAAUACGGCAUGGUCCGGAUCGGUGACUUCAGCACGUUGCAUAGCAAUCUGAUCAUCAAACUGCUGCAGGUCGUCUUCUCGCCCUUUGUGUUCCUGGGGCUGUGCACGUUCGUGAUUUCCAUGGCGUCUCAUCUAUACGUGUUGUCGAAGGUGGAACUGUCCUACGCCUAUCCGUUUUUGUCGCUCGCCUACGUCGUGGUCGCCGUCUACGCCUAUUUCAUUUUUCAGGAAGAUCUGAACGCGAUGCGCGUUUUCGGCAUUGCUCUGAUUUGUGUCGGAACGGUCUUCAUCGCGCAGGGCGGAUCCAACCACGAUCGUGCCGGAACAUCCACCAAGGUUCAAACAGCUGCUCUUGAGGACGGCGAGGAAGUCAUCGUCGCCGACAUCGCGGACAGCCAUCGGCAUCUUUAUGCCAAGGCAACGAUUCUCGAUUGCGACGUAACGGAUCCCGGGGCCGUCGCUGCCGUGCCGAUAAGCAGCGAAGAUAUGGUCUACAAUCUCUCGGCGAAAAUGCUGUCGCCGAUCCAGGUGCGUUCAAAGCGGCACGACUUCUUUUAUCCGGUCAACUUUGACGGCACAAAGAACAUCAUCGAGGCGAUGGACCGUGCCGGUGCGCGUAAGCUGGUGCACUAUACGACCGACAUGGUUUAUGGCCAUACGGUCACGUUUCCGAUGACAGAAGAUCAUCGCGUCGCACCGCUCGGCGAAUAUGGGCAGUCGAAGCUGGAUACCGAAAUUCUGGCGGCCGAGUGGCGGGAACGCGGAAUGAAUAUCACGCUCUUCCGGCCAAGGCUUAUCAUCGGUCCUGGCCGCCUUGGUAUUCUCACCAAGCUCUUCAAGCUGAUCGACAUGAACUUGCCCGUGCCCAUGAUCGGAUCGGGGAAAAAUCCCUACCAGUUCAUCUCGGUCUAUGAUUGCGCGGAUGCGGCCUACAAGGCCUGGAAGGCGGGCGUGCCGAACCAGGCCUACAAUCUGGGUUCCAUUGAUCCGCCACCUGUCAGGAAAUUGCUCGGCGAUCUGGUCAAGCACGCAAAUUCAAGGUCGAUCCUGCUGCCCACAUGGGGAUUUGCCGUGAAGCGGACCCUCGAUUUUCUGGACGCGAUCAAUCUGCCUCUGAUGGAUCCCGAACAGUACCUGAUUGCUGACGAAAUGUGCGUUUUGGACGUUUCAAAGGGCGAACGUGACCUCGGCUGGGUUCCCGCGUAUCGCGACGAAGACAUGCUCAUUGCCGCAUAUGAAUUCCAGAUGUUGCAGAAUACCGCGAUCCGCCCCGAAUUCUCCGAAGUCGAUGUUGACGCCGAACCCGUGAACACCGCAAAGCCGGAUCUUCUGACGGUCGAAGAGGCAAAAGCCCUUGAUCCCCAGUCGAUGGCAGAUCUUUUCAAGGAGCACAUCAAUCCGGGGCAGUUUCACUUCAUGAAUCUGCUCGGAUUUCACAAGGUCAAGAUCGAGACUGCCGAAGGCAUGUACUAUGUCGAUCAGAACGGCCGAAAGAUCCUGGACUUUUUCGGUGGUUUCGGUUCCCUGGCGCACGGUCACAACCAUCCGCGCGUGAUUGCAGCCCGUCAGAAAUUUCAGGACGAAGGUCGACACGAGAUCGCGAUUGCCUUUCUGUCGCAAUACGCGUCUGCGCUGGCAAAGAACCUGGCAGCCUGUUCUCCCGGUGAACUGGACAUGGUGUUUCUCGGGUCUUCUGGGUCUGAAGCGAUGGAGGCCGCGGUCAAAGUCGCGGAACGGGCCUCCGGUCGGCCGAACUGCAAGAUCGUUCAUGCCGGGAACUCCUUCCACGGCAAGACCAAGGGCGUCUUGUCAAUCACGGACUCCGACCUCUACCAGGGCAACUUCAAGCUGGUGGAGAACCGCAUCAAGGUUCCGUUUGGAGAUCUGGAGGCUCUGACCCGCGCAAUUGAAUCGGAUCCGGACAUAGGCGUUGUCGUGCUGGAAACGGUCCAGGGCGGCGGCGGCAUCAUUUCCGCCCCGGAAAGCUAUUGGAAGGGCGUGCGGGCCCUGUGUGACAAACACGAUGUCCUUUGGGUCGCCGACGAGGUUCAAUGCGGCUAUGGCCGCACCGGUAAGUUCUAUGCAUUCGAACACUAUGGUGUUGUUCCGGACGUGACUGCGCUGGCCAAGUCUCUCGGCGCCGGCAAGGCCGCCGUCGGAGCGAUGAUCGCAAAACGCGAGGUCUACAUGAAGGCCUACGGGUCGCCGAAAACGGCGAUGAUCCAUGCCCAGGCCACCUUCGGUGGAAUAGGCGAGGCAAGCAUCACCGCGAUCGAAGGCCUGAAUGUUCUUUACGAUGAAGACCUGAUCGAGAACGCCGCGCGUGUCGGUGACCAUCUGAUUUCCCGUCUGAAGGCUCUUCAGGAAAAAUACCCGAAGAUCAUCAAGGACGUGCGCGGCAAGGGCCUGAUGGUGGGGCUGGAGUUCCAGGACUUUUCCAAGACGAUGCCGGCAGUGCUGAGACCGAUGAUUUCCCUUCUGGAUGACAAGCUGAAGGGAUCGCUGUCGGGAUUUAUCGGCGCGCAGCUUCUCAGGGACUAUGACAUCCUGGUUGCCUUUACCGAAUACAACCGAAAUGUGAUCCGACUCGAGCCGCCGCUGGUCUGCACCUCAGAGAACGUCGACACGUUCUGUGACGCUCUUGAUGACCUCCUGUCGAAGGGGAUCGUCAGCAUCGUCAAUGGCUUUAUCAAGUCGCAAAAGGGAUAA